UGAUGACGUAAGGCCCGUAUACUGCAAUCUACAUCAAGUAUUCUAAAUUGUGCCAUAUUACAUGACUACAAAUUUUGCAGGUUAUUAAUGCAUAUGCACACAUUAGCAAUGUUGCAACUGAUGCUACAUCAUUCAUUUCCACCGUAGAAAGCAGAAGAUUGCUAGGCGAAUUUGGGGGUAUUCCAAUGGGAUGCAAAAGCCCACAUGUUGCUAAUGUAGCAACGAAAUUUGUAGGACGCAAAAUGGUAUGCAUAUUUCCUGACUUGUUUAAUUGUAUAUCUUGAUUUUCCCUAAAUUGAGUCCGCUUUAAUUUUCUGCCAGGUACGUGUCCCAAUGAAUGUGCACAACAUGCACCGGUUAUUACUCGUGUUUAAUUUAGACAAAGAAGAGACCCAGGUCCUAAACUCCAUCCAAGCAUAUCGUGACAUUGCCAAGGAAACUGCACUGAUAAGCUUGCUCUCUUGCUUCCUCUUACCUCAUGUGACACUUUUUGAAAUGCACUGACGCAAUCCCUUGAAUCACUCCUCAUACACCAGGUGGAGUCCAUUCAGGCGUGUAUCAACGAAGCGGUCGAGGAUGGCUUGGUAACACUGCCUAAACCCAUCAAUAUUACCCAGUGGAAAACCACUUGCUAUACUAACAUACCACAACAUACGGAUGGGUACGUAUAGGCAGCUACAUGAUUCCUCACCUACAUUACAAUACUUAACUUCAACUUUACAUCACAGUUAUUCCUGUGGGGCGUACACACUCAAAUACAUGUUGACAUGGGACGGAGACAAAAUUACUGAGGAUUUCACACAGGCAGAAAUACAUAUUUUCAGCUGGAAAAUAUGUUCAAGCCUGCUGCGUUCGGAUUGCAACAAGCUUCGGAAAAAAUCAUACAAGAAUCCUAUAGAGAAGGACGAGUACGAAGCCAGCAUUCCAGAGGAACGAAAAGGUGCAGACGACGACGUCACGAUUGUCAGCAACCCUGAUGUUACAAACAAACCAGACACAUCCGGUGCCCCAAAGUGUAAACGUGGACGCCCGAGGAAGAAUGCCCCUCCUAGUAAUCCAGUGAAACAACAAUUUGACACAGAGACUAUCGCUAAACAAGUGGAGUCAAAAAGACGCAAGCGCAAACCAUCAAACGCCAUGUCCAGCCCAUUCGUACAGCCAUGA